UGCCCGUGGUGAUAGAAACCGCCGAUCCGGAUUCCAAAACCGGCGGCGCAAAUCACAAGCGAAGCAAAGCAAAACACGCCUUCGCCUUCGAUUCGAUUCUUCUCCACUCCGGCCAUGGCGUCCGCCGCGUCCUCCUCCUCGUCGUCGACUCAAUUCGACGAUGCGGCGGCGAGGCGUCAGCAGCAGCUGCAGCAGCAGCGGAAGCCGCCGUUGCUGAUGCUGCUCCCGCUCAUCUACGCCCCGGUGCUCCCCCUCAUUAGGAUUGGGUUGCGGCACAACCCGGUGUGGAGGGAUCGCCUCUUCUACGGCGUCCUCGCCGGCGCGUUCGCCCACGGCACCUACCUCAUAUCGGAGCUAUAUGACGUAGAGAGCAAGUGAAUCAUAUCUCUCCAAGUAUAAAGUCAAGGGUAUCCAUCGGCAGAUUUUGACUUGAUUGUAAGUCAUCAACUGUUAAUGAGAGCUGUCCGGUUUUUCAGGUUGAUAAAAUGGACCAUGUAUCUAUCAUUUUUGUUAAUCCAUUUAGGCUUUUAUGGUUGCUGUAAUGAUAGAAUAUUGGAGCACACAUAAUAAUUCUGACUCUGGAGCAACAUGUCCGGCAUUUUUUUCCAAUUUGAUGCACUUGUGUUUUCCUGCUUAUAUUGAUUUGUCAUAGCCACCCUAUUUCUAUUCUAUCCAACAAAAAAUAUUUUUCUUUUC